UCGCAUUCCUGAUUGCGUGGACGAAUACGGAAGUGAGCCGUCUGUGAUGUGAUGUGAGCAAGAUGAUCGCGGAUCUGUUGAUAUUCGGGACUUUACUGGUGAAUGCAGGGGCUGUGCUGAAUUUCAAGCUUAAAAGGAAGGAGUCGCAGGGAUUUGGAGAUGAGUCCAGAGCACCAACAACAGGUGACAACAUCAGAGAGUUUCUGCUCAGCUUACGGUACUUCCGGAUCUUCAUUGCUCUGUGGAACGUCUUCAUCAUGUUCUGCAUGAUCCUAUUAUUUGGAUCAUGAUCAGCGUUUGCAGCGACUGGACUUCCACCAGGAUGUUCACGUUUCAAGCCAGACGUUAUAAACUUCUCCUUGAUGGGACUUUUCUCUUCCUUUGGCCCUUUUGAUUUGAGUUGCGCCCCCUUUCAAUGACAACCCCUAAAAUCUCCGUAAAUAUACACCUGGCUGUGCAGGAACUUAUGCAUUGCCGUAUUUAUUUUCUGUCCCGGGAUUUGUUUGAUUUCUACCUUUUUGUUUGAGCUGUAACUGAACCGUUGUUGCUGGAUUUAUGCUGUCUUGUGCUCCAUCGUAGAACAUGAGCUGUUUUUUCUGGCAUGUCAGUGCUUUUUAAAGAAACACCAGGAACGUUUACCUUUUUGCAGACCAGUCACAACGAUCUCUCUCACUUUAUGAACUCUGCAUCUCAUUUGUUGGUGAUAAAUGGAACAAGCGUCUCCAACUUUACUCAUCAGCUGUCGUCUGCUGCUUCUUAGAUUAAUACCAAUGCCCUUCUCUUUUAUUCUGGAGCACAUGUGCUGAAAGUAAAUGUGUAUGCACUGUACUGUAAAUGUGUCCUUCUUGAUAAAGGUUUCCUAUUGAAUAUAUGUAGUUUGACUGUCUGGUGAGUAUGGGCCAUGAUGUGUCUGAUCCACAUUAAAUGCAUUUGUUCCUAUCAUUACCAUUGAUCAGAUUGAAGGAUACUUCCUCUUAAUUAUACUUCAUCAAUGUUACACACUAACUGUAUACAGUGUAUGCUUUACAUUUUAUUAUACUGUACAGUGUGAAAUACAGUGCAUUUAGUAUCAAACUUCAGUCAAACUGCCAGUAACAACAAAUUAAAGAAACAUGUUUUUCUAAAUAUUCAA